CGGGUGGGGCUGGGCUUAGUCCGGCUGGGCGCGGAAGCCGGGGCUAGGUCCGGGUCGGGCCGCGCCGCGCCGCUAUGUCCAUGGAGGACCCGUUCUUCGUGGUGAAGGGGGAGGUCCAAAAAGCAGUGAAUACUGCUCAGGGGUUGUUUCAGAGAUGGACGGAGCUCCUGCAAGACCCUUCUAUAGCCACAAGAGAAGAAAUUGACUGGACAACUAAUGAGCUCAGGAACAACCUGCGGAGCAUUGAAUGGGACCUGGAAGACUUGGAUGAAACUAUUAGCAUUGUUGAAGCAAAUCCUCGGAAAUUCAACCUUGAUGCAACAGAGCUGGGUAUAAGGAAAGCUUUCAUCACAAGCACACGGCAGGUGGUCCGGGAAAUGAAGGAUCAGAUGUCAAAUUCAUCUGUGCAAGCAUUGGCUGAAAGAAAAAACAGGCAGGCACUCCUGGGAGAAAGUACAAGUCAGAGCUGGAGCUCUGGAUCAGAUAAAUAUGGUCGUUUGGAUCGAGAGCAGCAAUUAGUAAACUCGCACUUCAUUGAGGAGCAGCAGGCUCAACAGCAGUUGAUUGUGGAGCAGCAGGAUGAGCAGUUGGAGCUGGUCUCUGGCAGCAUUGGGGUGCUGAAGAACAUGUCUCAGCGCAUUGGUGGGGAGCUGGAGGAACAAGCAGUGAUGUUGGAUGAUUUCACUCAUGAGUUAGAAAGCACACACUCAAGGCUUGAUAAUGUUAUGAAGAAGCUUGCAAAAGUCUCUCACAUGACCAGCGAAAACAGGCCUACUGGAGUUACCCAAUCACGCUUUCAACAGCAUUGCCAUCCAGCUGACCAAUUGUUAAGCAAAGUCUGAAAUUUAAAUGGGAGAACACAAGUUAUUCCACUGCCAUUUGGAUCAAGUUGAACUUCUGUGAAAUUGGAACGAGGUCCUUGCCAAGUGGGUCACUGCCAAAAUAGCCAUCUGUGAACAGGUCCUACUACCCCAGGGGGGAAGGGAGUUGAGGGCUGAAAUCUACUUGCCACCCACUGCCCUGAUAGACAGGAGGGGAACAUAAUGCCAGGUCUUCCAGGGAAAAGGGGAGUUGCCAGCAGCCUCUGCCAAAGAUUCUGCUUUUUCAAGAGCACCAGGCAGCCUGUCGCUCAAGGACAGAGCAAAGCUGGAGGGAGGGACAAAGGCAGGAAGAGGACUCUGCGCUCACAACCUUCCCCACCCCUAAGAAGCCAACUGGACAGGUUUCAACCACCAAUGAGAAAGGAAAGUGCAUUAAACUCUCAAUAUCUGUCCCAGUCUUGCUUGGAAGUUCCAGAAUGAAGUAUUUCCCUCCUGGGACAUGGACAUGUGCAUUAUUGUUACCUGAGAAAUGCUACUUCUGGGGGGUUCCCCAUUGAGAAGAGAUGUAAAAAACUUAGGUGACGAGGCCAAAUGUGGAUCUUUCCAUUCUUCCCUCAUCCAGAACAAUGAGCGCGCUGGGUGCUGGAUGCAGAGACUCCAAAGACUUGCAGGUAAAAAUCACAUGUACUAUGCAGAGAUGUUUCUGUUCUUCCCUCUGGACCCAUCCACGGCCCUCGUGACAGCAGAAAAUGGGACCUGACAUAGCAAGGGGAUAUGGCCCAGGAUUUGGUCCUACAGUGGCAAAGGCAGCAUAUUAUGCCAGAUAUCUGGUGAGUUGCUGCAGAGGAGAUGGGGAUGGCACGUGUGUCCCCUACCACACAGCCAUGGGCAUGGACAUGGCACCCACCCAGAACAUAUCUUGUUCUAGAAGUGUUCUGCAACCAACAACACUAUAAGGGAAGGAAAUGGAGCCAGCUUGUCACACACCAGCCUCUUUUCAACCCGGUGGUCACAAAGCCAGACCCACCACAUUAUAUUUUUUUCCAGUCUAUCAAUUAGUACAUUGUGAUGCAUUUUCUUGCCAAAUCAUCCAUCACACCACAAGGAACUGUGCCUCCUUUUCUGUCCAUCUGUUAUAGGAAGUCCAAUGAAAUAUAUUCUAGUGAAAGGAACAGAGGGAGAUGCAUGCUUGUUCUGACAUGGGGCUAGGGCAACUGUAUUACUCAGGAACAGAGGAGCUAGGACAGAACUAUACAGGUCAGGUACAAGUAGUGCACCAUAGAGUCAUGGUACAAUUAUAUCCUGCCUAAAGGCAAAAGAGGUAUGUGCGUCUCUCUCACUUCAUCAUAGGGCUUCUUGACGGUGCCCCCAUGUUAUGUGCUUAAGAAUGGUGUCUUCCUUCAGUACAGUGCUUCCCAAACUUUUCCUCAGCAUGGCCCCUCACUCCCAACCCACAACCCCACCCGCUGAUGUUGUGACCCCAUUUGGGGUCGUGACCCACAGUUUGGGAACCAUUGCUUUAGUACUUCAGGCCUCAUAUACGUGAACUGCUCCCAGUUGCAGAGCACACAACCCUAAUUCAGCAAUUCCACGUGGGGACCAGAAUCUCUCCUCAGACAGUCUCCAGGCCAGUGCUGGGUUCUGUCGAGGAAGGGGAGGCAGAAGGAAUCUACACAGCAAAGGCUUUAAGAUGCCUUUUACAGAACUGCUGUGAUUUCUCCCCCAUGCUGGUCCAUGUCUGCCACUAGCAGGACUAAUUCUUUGUAUUUUUAUGCCCUAAAUAAUCUGAUUUACCUGCUGGAUUUCUUCCCCCCACCCAACCUCAAUUUGCCCCAGAGUUUGCAUUGACCCAUGCAGCUCCCUCUGGCUGGGGAUGUCUUAGCAGAGAGAAAGACAGAGAGAAAGAGAGAGAGGAGGAGGUUAUUUGUCAUACUUCAUAGGCUCUUUCUUUAGAAGAAAAACUCUGCAAGCAGUCCAGAUCCCUCCCCCCCUGGGCAGGGAACAGCCAGGCAAUCUGUCCAGACACCCUGGGAUCAUUAGCAUUGGAAUAUAAACUCUCUGGAGAAUGGAGAACAAAAGCCAAAUUACUCAUCCAGGGAGCGGGGGUGGGGCUGAGGGAAACCAAAGGCGGCUGGAAGAGCUAACAAAGAGCUGGAGCUGGGCAGGUGUCUUCACAUCUUGGCUGCCAUCCCAGAGCUGCUUGGAGCCUGCAAAGCAUGUGAGCGUGGCACCAAGGCUGGCUGCCCUGCUACAGCAUCCUGCUGCUGCUGCAGGCUGUGCUUCCAAUGGAACAAAGAUGACCUUUCCAGGGGUGGGAGAGGAAGGUGGGGGGAGGUUUGAACUGAACCAGUUCCCUCCAGCUGCUGCAGAGGAUGGGGAGAUGACAGCUCGGUCCUUCUGCCAAGCAUUGGAGUCGCUCUAUGCCCAGGCUCCUAGCAGCUGUGUGGGUGCUGGCACAUAGCUAAGGUGAUCAGUGUUAUGGAGCAGUUAAUGCCAGCUGAAAGAAGGUUGGCAGAAAGGAGGUCCUAUUCAGAGAGCCAGGGACUCCUCUGCUGGUGGGACAGACAGUAGCUUCUGGCCAGACACUGCCUCCAAGCCUGGGCAGAACAUUACACAUGUGCAUCUGCCUGGCUGUAUGGCACUCAUUUCCAUGGUACCCAGCAUCAUAAGCCUAGCCCAACCAUUUGGCCCAGACUGCCAGCCAGAAAGUCUGGGGCAGUCUGACCAGCCAAGCCAACAGGCCUUCUGCCUCACUUCUCUAAGCUCUGCUCUCAGGAGAACCUACUCCUUUCAGUGCGAUCAGAUACUGUGGCCAGCAAGGAGCCUCCUUACUUCCCACUGCAGGCCCCCUUGUGCCCCAGGUGCUAAGCAGGACUUGGCAUGCAGCCCCAUGUCACUAGGUCCAACAGUGAAAUCCCUUGCUGGGAUCCCAGCUCUUUGGCUAAAGCAUUCAGCCACUAACCAAGUGCCCUGGAGGGACCACAUGGCCCUGUGCCCCAAGCACAGGUCUGGGGACCAGGAACAGCUGAGUGUUAAUCUUCCCUCUGCCAUGAUUCUGGGAAGUCACUUAACUUGUAUCCCACAUUAGUCACUUGCUAAUUAAAAGUGAUCCCCCUCAGCAGAAUUGACCCUAGGGAGGUGCGGGGCCCAGGGCAAAUCAGCCUGUGCGGGGCCCCCUUAACACUGCUUGGGGCUGUGGUACCGAGUCUCUGUGCUUCUUCUGCGGUAUGGGACUGAGCUGCCAACUCCAGGCAGGCCCUGCAGGAAUGGCCACUCCACCCUGCCCAGCUCUGCAGGGCCCCUUUGAAGCAUAGGGUCCGGGGCAGUUACCCUGAUUCUCCAUACCCUAGGGAUAGCUCUGCCCCUCAGCUUCUCCUCCCUGGAAGGUCGUGAGAAUUAACUAGCUUUGAGAGUAGCAGGGACCAGCUAAGUGCUAGGUAACAACAGGAGAUAAGUGCUAGGUAACACAUUGGUGCUGGAUGCACUUGUCCUUCUACCCCUUGGGACUAAAAGUGCCCCAGUUUUGGGUGUAAGCAACAGACCAAGGUAGCUGCUGCUGCUUCUCUUCACCGUAAAGGAAAAUACUACUAUUCCUAUACCUCCCAUGCUCUGUCUUCCCACAGGGGAUGCCUAUAGGCUAGAAAGAAUACCAAGCUGCAUCACAGACAGGGCUAAAGCAGCCCCUGCUGGCUUUGCCUUCUCACUUCUUGGGAGUGUGAGAGCACUCGAAGGGCUUAUUUCCAUAAUUUGGAAGGGCUCAUUCUGUUUUAACAUGGUGGUGAUCAGUUCAUGCCAAUAUAAGCACACCCACUAUUAACCAAUGUUAAAUAACCAUCACCAUAUCUAAUUAGGUCUCUUUGUGGUAUCCUCCUUUCAGCAGCCUGGGUUAGAGGCACUGGAGGCAGGCUGCACCUCCUGCCCUAAGUGAAAGUGCCUCCUGACAGGCCAGCUGAGCAUUUAGCCCCCAGUGUGCAGAAGCACAGCUUCCCAGGUGUGGCUCAGCACCUCUAGCAAACAGACCAUUAAUAAAUAAUUAGGAGCUUUCCUACCAUUUGAGAGUGCCUCUGCACCUGUGCUCUCAGGGGUUGGUUAUCCAUUUCCUGCUGUGAGGAGUUAUGACAGUCCCUUGAAAGCUGACCUGAAAUGGGAAAGGAAAUGGGCUUGUGCCCUUCUUUGCUAGGGGUCAAGAAAAUGUGAGCCUUUCCUUCUUCCUAAAGGAGAGUGCUUUUUGAAUCAGAAAGUCGGGGUCUUUAAUCUUGGAAUUCUACAAACGGCUGAGGAAUCAGUUGGAUUUAGGAUAUUGCAAUAAACUAGACCUGAAUGGUUGAGAGGA